GAUAUGAGGAGCCACUUGGAUCUGAAAGAUCACCUGCGUGUAAAUCCAAAAAGCGAAAAAAACACAAUAAUCCUAGUAUUGAAAUAUACUUGGCCAUUUUUGGUCUAAGCAUCGAAUUGAUAAAGACCAUUCUGAGGGAACUAACACUAAUGGCUCAAUCAUCAAGGCUAUGCAUGUCAUUACAAAGUAGAGACAGGAAAAGAUACUCUAAGCAAUCUGAACAACUUAUAGAUACACAAGAAAAAUGUAGAUAUCCAAAGAUUUAUCAAACAAUCAAUGACAUGCCAACAAGAUGGAACUCCUCAUACUUGGCUUGGGUUUGGCUUAAAGAACUACAAAAAGCAAUUGAAUAUCUUGUUAUAAUUCAAAGCCAAUUAAUCGAGGAAGAUGAUCCUGAAUCUGAUAUAGAAAAUGAAUUUGAUACACUAGUGAGUUCGGAACAACUUCAACAACCAUUACAAGAAGAUUACCGUCAACCUUCGGUUGGACUUGAUAAGCCAUUUAACACUCCAGAUCGUGAACCUGCAAUAGCUAAUAGCUUAAUUGCAGCUUUAUAUAGUAAUAAGGAAUUGAAUGAUGAAAUUUAUAAUAAGACUGAAGUUGAUCAUUAUCUUUGUGAACCUAUUGAGAAAAGGGGUUGUGAUCUAUUAACAUGGUGGAAAAAUAGAUCUGAAAAAUAUCCAGUGUUAUC